CCAAAACGCCCACCCUGCUGACCCUUUUGUUCAUCGAACCCACCCCUCCCCUCCCGGAUUCAAACCGUCGACGCCGUCGCCGCGUGACUCUCCUCCGCGGCGGCCUGAGCGCCUGACCAUCGCCGCCCUCACUCGCCGCGUCGCCGGAAAAUUGCAUUAGCGCCGGUCGCCACUGCCCCCCUCGAGAAGGCCCCCAGAGCUAGCUGCUCGAGGGUACUGUCUCCCCCGCUCGGCGGCGGCGAUCUCGCGGCGGUCCUCGAGGUGGCGAGACCUGGCGCGACGAGAUGCCGCGAUCCCGGCAGUGAUGCGCGGAUCGGAGCAUGGGUGUGAACCCGCCAGGCUGUAGCUGUAGGCGGCGGGCGAGGAGCGAGAGUCGCGGCCAUGGCGAUUUACAUCGCUCGGGAGGCUACCAAGCUAUGGAGGAAGGUGAGUGCGGAGACGUCGGUGGAAUUGCAGCUCCUGUUCGAGAAGUGGCGCUUGCUCCUUGCCGGAUUGGUGUUUCAGUACAUUCAUGGACUGGCUGCUCGAGGAGUACAUUACUUGCAUCGGCCUGGGCCACUGCUCCAGGACUUGGGAUUCAUGGCCCUUCCGGAACUUGGACAAGACAAAGGUUACCUUAGCGAGAGUGUGUUCACGUUCAUCUUCAUUUCCUUCCUGUUGUGGAGUUUUCACCCUUUUAUUUAUCAUAGCAAACGUUUCUACACUGUUCUACUCUGGCGCAGGGUGCUGGCCUUUUUAGUUGCUUCACAAUUUUUGCGGAUUAUUACUUUCUAUUCCACUCAGCUCCCAGGUCCAAAUUAUCACUGUCGUGAGGGCUCAAAACUGGCCACUCUUCCACCGCCCCAUAAUGCACUUGAAGUGCUUCUGAUCAACUUUCCUCGCGGAGUGCUUUUUGGUUGUGGUGAUCUAAUUUUUUCAUCUCACAUGAUCUUUACUCUUGUUUUCGUGCGCACAUACCAUAAGUAUGGAUCAAAGAGGUUGAUUAAGCUCCUUGCUUGGCUGAUGGCUAUAAUUCAGAGUAUUCUUAUAAUUGCUUCUCGCAAGCAUUACAGUGUGGAUGUUAUUGUUGCUUGGUAUACUGUCAAUUUGGUCGUAUUCUUUGUUGACAAUAAGCUACCAGAAAUGCCAGAUCGCACAAACGGAUUAUCUUUGCUUCCAGUUACAACGAAAGAUAAAGAUGGCAGAACGAAGGAAGAGAUCCAUAAACUGGAGAAGGAUAGCAAGAUGGAGGAGUUCCAUAAAUUGUUAAACGGAAACACUGUCGAUUCUACUGAUCGGCGGCAACGUGUGCAGAUGAACGGAAAACAUGGUGAGGACAUCAACCACACACUCUCUGAUGCCACUCCCAAUGGCACAUGAUCUGCUGCUUUUCAUCAGGCGGCUUGUCUAGUUGUCUUUCACAUUGACGGGGGAAUCUGCUAGGAGACAAAAGAAUGCCUGGUUGCCUCUGUGUGAUGAAUGGCUUCUCAGGUGCUUGCCCCUUGCAUUUUGUCUGUCCGCCAUGGCAAUAUGUUCAAAGAUGAAUGAGACAAAGCCAGGCGCUCAACCAGUGCUAGGGACUGCAAAGGAAUCAGAGUCUGAAGUCUCCCAGUGGCUUUUCUCAGGCUGCCAUUACAGUUUUGCACCUUGUAUGAUUGUAUCGAAUCUCUAGUUCUCUUUUCUCACUUUUAGAUUAUGGGGUUGACCCUCUCAGGUUCAUUUGGGAAAAAUGCUUCUCGCUCUGUAUAUAUAUUGCCACAGUGAUGAGCUUUAGCUUAAUCUUGGCAUGGAUAUAUUCAUAUAUGAUAUAUCUAUCGCCGACUGGUCA